AUGCUCAACGCGGACACGGACUCGAUCGUCUUCGGACGGACGUCGAAUCCGUAUAAUCGAGAGUUUGGUGUCGCUGGCUCUCGAAUUGGAACAGAUGGCGCUGGCGGAUAUCGUCUUCCACUUGACGGGAGGCGAAUCAUGGGUACCGGGGUGAUGGGGACGACGGAAUUUGGACAACUCAGUGUGACAGGAUUUCUCGGACGGUCUGUCCAAGAUGUGGCAUUGUUCACGAAGCUCCCUGCGGAGGCGAAGCCAUGGGAGAAGGAUCCGUUCAUCUAUCCCCACUCAUGGCAGAGCUUGUCCUUACCGAAAGCACAGCGGCUUCGGCUCGGAGUUUGGUCGUCGAACGACUUCGUGCACCUCCACCCGCCCGUGGACAGAGGGCUUAAGGUGGCACAGGAAAGUCUCCGAAAGGCUCGUGUUGAACUGGUGGAGUUCCAUGGACCUGAUAUCUGCCGGGCCUGGGAAACUGGUGGAGACCUGUCGUAUCUACGCGAACUCCUAUCCAAAGAAUCACAUACAGAGAUUAUGAAAGCGACUGAAAUUAUCACAAAAAAGGCGCCAUGUCCACCACCGACUAUUGCGUAUAUUCACUCGAUGAAUGCACGGAUCGGCGCCCCGCUCUACCUCUGGGAACGUUCGCGGAGAAUGUUCGCGGAGAAGGAUAUUGAUAGGAAAGUCCAAGUCACUCCUUUCAAUGCUCAUAAUGCAGAUCUACAAGACAUGUAUGAUGCAGACUCGUUCCAUGUCCUACCACUGGCAGUGCAGCUCAUUGGCCGGGGAUUCGAGGAUGAGAAGUUGCUCGCUGUGUCGGAGGCCGUGCAUGACUUGAUCAAGCAGACUUCAUUUUAG